AUUUGGGACAUCAGGGACAGCUAUUGUGCCUCUGUAAUUACUAUCUAUCCACCAUCAUGUCUCACGGAGAAUCACCACCUCUGCUGCUAUGGAUAGAAGACAUGUGUUUUAUGAUGUUUCUGAGGGCACGGAGACUACUUCUGCAGACUGGAAUAUUAUUUUGUAUCCUGUUCCUGCUUCUCUGGGUGUCUGUGUUUUUAUAUGGCAGCUUCUACUAUUCUUACAUGCCAACUGUUAAAUACUCCAGCCCAGUGCACUACGGGUAUAGCUCUAUCUGUGAACCACCACCUGGAAUCCUGUGCUCGUUCCCAACAGCCAAUGUGUCUCUUCUGAGAAAUAAUCGUGAUCGGGUGCUGAUGUAUGGACAGCCCUAUCGCAUUACCCUGGAGCUCCAGGUUCCGGAGUCCACAGCUAAUCAGGAUCUUGGGAUGUUCAUGGUCUCGAUGUCAUGUUACACUCGAGGGGGAAAACAGAUUUCUUACACUGCUCGAUCAGCAAUGCUGCACUACAAGUCUCCCCUCCUGAAGUUAUUAGAGACUCUGACCACAUUGCCCCUACUGCUGUCUGGGAUGUCUGAACAGAAGCAGGCUAUUGAAGUGGAGCUGUACUCUGAAUAUCGGGAGGAUUCGUAUGUCCCAACCACAGGGGCAGUGAUACAAAUACAGAGCGUCCGCUUACAGAUAUACAAUGCAGAGCUCCGCGUACAUGCACACUUUACUGGACUCAGGUACCUCUUGUAUAAUUUCCCAGUCAUGUCUGCUGUGAUCGGCAUUUCCAGCAACUUCAUCUUCAUGAGCGUCUUGGUUUUGCUCAGCUAUCUGCAGUGGGGUUUUGGGAGAUCUCGUAUGAGGGUUGACCCAGGGCAAAGCAGUACGGAAACGGGGACAGCGGUGAUUCAAGGACGGAGUUUCCUUGAAGCGGAUGAAGAUACCCCACUAGAAACCGAGACUCUUGGACAUGAUGAAGGUGGAGACCGAGACACUGAUGGGUCUCCCCAGGCAGCUGAGGCUGCUGAAGAAUAUGAAGAUAAGUCUUCCACUUUGGAUACAGAUGACUCUGGAACUAUGGGCCCUCAGAGUGAGCCGCACGCUUCAAGCUUUGACCUUCGUCAUAGGAGUGCUCUCAGUAGUGGCCACUGACGAUUUAUAGCUGGACAUUUGCAUUCCCCCCCCCUUACCCUUUCAGGGGGCUGUUGAUGCUGAAGGACUGGUAUAGCUGAGUAGAGUUUAAUUUAUAUUGUAACUGCCCGUAGGCAGGAGAUGCUGGCUGGAAGGGAUAAGCAAUUAAUUUGUCAUUCUUUAGAAUGACGAUGCAUAUACUUGCAUGCACAUAUCAGCAGAGCAUGUUUAUGCACUGAGCAGAUGUCUACAAUGUCCACUUAAGCUAUUAGAACU